UCCACACCACAGCGACCCUGCGCCCCUUGUACAGCCAUGUGGACGCUGCUGAUGGAAUUGUUUUCAAUCGUCUUUCUGGCCAAUCCCAUACACUGGAAGGUGAAUGUGGGCGUGUGUUCCCUUUUCUUGUACUAUUGGGAUGAGCGCUCCAUUUUGCACCGCGAGUUUGCGGAGAUGAUCUACUGGGCUUUGAUGUACGCCUGGUUUGGCUUUAUUUUCCUCGAACUCCACGACCUACCUAUUCUCCACCUCGGCGAGCUUAAGUCGAUCUUCGGGUCAAUCGCUGACUUGAUUAUAGCUUUGGUCUUCAGUCUUUGUGGCAUUUGGGCGCACACAAGCGCUCAGAAUGAUCGCUUGCAAUCCUCAAUCCAGGAGCUUGAUUUGAGCAUGCUGGUGAACAAGCAGCAUAAGGAAACAGGAUCUGCAAGGCAUGCCGUUUACUGCAUCGAGGACCUUGUCCGUUCACGUAGUACCUCUUCCGGCCAAUUGCAGCGUCUGUUUGGCAAGCUGGGCGAGACUCUGCUGGGCCGAAUGCAGCGCUCCGAAGAGGAGGUCAUGCAGGCGUUGGAGUCCUGCUGCCUCAAGUCGAAAUCAGACAGGGAGUCGCCCCCGCGUGACCUGCUCUUCGUCCUGAACUGCAGAGAUGUGGACCUGCCCCAGCUGUUCGCUCUGACCAGCAGCACUCGGCUGCUGGAAUUGCUCCGAAAGCACGUGUGCCACAUGGACACCGUCACGAAGACCCGGCUUGUGGAUGCCUUGCAGCGACAGCACGACUUUUAUGUCAACCUCCUGCAGCAAGAGCUGGUGGUGGAACUCCUCGAAAGCACCACAGGGGACGAGCUCCGUAUGUUGAAAGACAUCAUCGACGAGGGCGGUGAUUUCUACAAUCUUCACAAGCUGGUCUUCCAUGAUCUGGCCCCAGAUAUGUAUUCCAGAGCUUUGAGCCACAUCCAGAGAGAAGGACGUCAGCUGGCGACCAAUUACGACCCCGGCAAGGCGCCAAUCAAGAUCAUCAGCGAUGUGGAUGACACGCUGUAUGGAAGUGGCGGUAGAUUUCCAGCUGGUUGUGACAAGCGCUAUCCAGCCCACCAGGUCUAUCCUGGUGUGCUGGCCCUUUUCAAGGAGAUCACCGCGCAUCGGGAGAUGAAGCAAAAGGAGAAGCUGAAGGACGAUGACCAAGCUGACGCACAGAGCGAUGGACAAGUAUGGAGGAGCUACAACUUCCUGCGCAUGCUAGGCUACCGCGGCCAUGACAACCCGAACCCUGUUUGGGUCCGAAGUGGGCGACAGUGGCAAGAGAUCUCGGUGCCUGUCACAGAAACCGUGGGGCAACUGCAGGAACGCCUGUCGAGAGCGAUGCCUUUGAAUGAUUUGCAUCAGUGCGAGGGUGAAGUUUCGUUCCACCCUCCGCAGAUUCGAGUCUGGUCCAACCUGGUGUUCCUCUCUGCCCGGCCACAUGCUUACAAGGACUACCUGGAGAGCAAGUCUUAUCAACUCUUUCAAAAGCUCCGGAAGAGCGGGAAGAUGCAUUGUAUGCCAACCCUCUUGGCGGGCAAGCUGAAGUCUUCGAGCUCGGCCUUUUGCUUCGGCCUGGUCUUGUUGUACCCACGACUGCUUCUUGCCGUGGGGCUCCUUCAUUUCUGCAUGUGGUGGGGAAGUUGGGGGCAUCUGCCGAUGCUCUUCCCUUAUCCAUUCCUGGCCGUCUUUCUGGGGAUCAUCUAUCUCUUCUAUGACUCCCGCAACAUGAGGAAGGAAAGUCGUCCUUGCGACGUUUGGAGGUCAGUCGGGGAAGAUAAGAUCAAGACCUUCGUCGAAUACCGCCAACUGUACAGCGAGUGUGCAACCGUCUUCUUUGGUGACAACGGUCAGGGGGACCUGAUGUGCGCAGAGCGGCUCACGGGUAUGAAUGUGACAAAUGGUGACUAUGGCGUGGGAGGUGUGGUUUCAUACGCCUUCAUCCACCAGGUCCAACCAUUGGAGGAUCAGCUCACCGAGAAUAAGGUUUUUAGCAAAGACUCGGCGGACGAGGUGUACCAAGACAGACAUAUUUACUUAUUCCGCACCUAUGUGGGAGCAGCGGUCCACGCCUACAAACUGGGAUUGAUUUCUCAGGAGGGCCUCUGGCGUGUCAGCACAGCAGCCGUUCAGGACAUGGUUCGGCUGCGGAUUCGUCAUCUGUCUGACACAUCGCAAAAGGAGGAGGCAUGGGCAGACGUGGUAAACGAGAUGAACAAGGACGUCACCCGUGUCAAUGAACUUCUUCCUGAAGCCAUGGAGAAGAUUAAGAUGGUGCCCAACCCUUCGGAGAAAGACUUCGACAAAGAGUGCCUCAAGGAGGAGGAGAUCGCAGAAAGCUCCGAGACGAAGGAGGCGGCGAAGGAAAGCGAGGCGGAGCGGGCCGAGUCUGGCGACGAGACCAAGUCUGAGCGCUCGACAUCUGAAGAAAUGAUCCGCACGAAGUCAGACGAGGAGAACGCGCUGGAGGACCCUCCCAGCUCCAGCCAGAAGAAAUCCUGGAUCGAUCAGAAGAUCGCAGCGGCCAAGGCCAAGGUUUAUCAGGCUGUGCAGAAGGAUGUCCCCACUCAGAAGGAGUGCAAAGCGGCCAGGCUUGGCUGUUUGAGCGACUUCUCCUUCGGAACUACAGUGCCGCAUGUUCCGCCUAUCGGCCGAUGCUGAGCUUGGCGACUGCAUGCCCAUCCCUUUAGAAACGCAGCAUUUUAGAAGAAGCGAGCGUGCCCCUAGCA